GGAAUUAUGAUGCUAUAUUGAACUAAUAUAGUUCUAUGUUAUUUUGUAAAUUAAUCCUUAGAUGUUGGAGAGAAAAAAAGCAUAACAUUGUAAUAUUUGUGUGUAUAUCAUUUCUACAAAAUAAUAUAACCUCAUCAAUAUUUUAUUGGGAAUAUAUACUUUAUUCUUAUAGGAUUGCAAUGAACAUCCCAUCGAUUCAGCAACCAGGAACCAUAGGAGUAGGCCAAAUGGCACAGCCGGUAAAUAAUCAGCUGCCUCAGAAUCAACAGCAGACACCACAGGCACAACAGCAGCAAGUGCAACAGCAACAGCAGCAGCAGCAGCAGCAACAACAGCAACAAACACAGGAGAAGCUGGACAAUAUCUCCAAAGUGAAAUCUCUCAUAGGACCUUUGAGAGAAUCUUUAGCUAUAGCUCUUAAAACUGCAGCACAGACAUUGCAUCAAAACAGUUUGGCAGAUGUAGGAUCUAUAAAGGCAGUGGAACAACCUGAUCAUCGCUUCAAUAAAAACAUGGAAGAGUUCUAUUCUAUUUGUGACCAGAUAGAGCUACAUCUGAAGACUUCUGUAGAAUGUUUGUCUCAGAAUACGAGUUCGGUCAGAUAUCUACCACUGCCUGUUAUACCAACACGUACUGAUUCAGUUAGUGCCCCAGAAGGACCUACACUUACUUAUCCUCAAUUUCUGAUGACUGUACGCGCGCAAGUGGCAUAUGCUCGUGAAAUUCAUGAUGCUCUUGUAUCUAAUGCUCAUGCGAUAGCAUCUGGUGAAUGAAGUUGAAUCUUAGGUUUAUUAGGAUGUUGAUUUGAGAAAAAUAUUUAUUGUUCAUCAAGAUGAUAUAUAGAGUCAAAUAUAGAUAUAACUGUGUUGCUUCUAAAAAGAAUGCUGUAACACUUUUCCUAUUAAUAUAAAAUCAAUAAACCAUAUGUUAAUAUAAAAUCAAUAAUUAUGGGAAAUCACAUGCUUAUUAUGUUGUUGAUGCUAAUCAAGAAAUAUAUAUCUAGUAAUAAGAAUUUAAUAGCAUUUAUGACAAUAUUAAUGCAUAUUAUAGUGAUAUUAAAGAUUAAUCUUAUUUAAGCUACAUGUACUUCUAAUUCAGAUGGUGACUCUUAAAGAUUAAGUGCACAUGCACACACAAAUUUAGUAUCAAUUAAGUCGGACAUCGAUCACUUUGCGCAAAUGGUUGUAAGGUUCAAGACUGAUUACAAUUUAAGAAAGCAACAUGUACUAAUUUUCACUGAUAUAAAUCAUUGUCAUACGAAA